AUGGUAGCUAGGUUCAAAUGUUGCAAAACAAAAGAAGCUCUUUCUUAUUUUUGCAUAUCAUGCCAUGCAAUUUUUCACGCGAGCUGUGCAAAUAGAUUGAGUUCAAUUGUAAAGCUCUCAAAUAACAGAGUAUAUUGUUCUGCUGCCUGUGAAUCGGAGGAUAACGAGCAUCGAAACUACGAUUCUUACACUACAGAAAUUAACUCAUUAAAGCACGAGAUACAAGAUAAAGAGAAACAUAUAAUUAGAUUAACGAAGAAGGCCAAGGAUUUUGAAGAAGAUGUUUUUGAAUCUGAACAAAGUUUCAUAGAGGAGCAAAAUUCUUUUAAAGACCAAUUGAAAAACCAAAAAGAAAGAAUGUGUACACUACAAAAAGAAAUAGUCGGCGCAGAAGAGAAGAACAAAAACCUUCAGAAACAGAUGGACAGUUAUGAACAAAUGACAAAAGACAUGCAAACAGAGAUGACGAAGCUAAAAAAUAUUCAUGCCGAUAUGCUGAAAACCAUUAGUCUUUUGGAAGAAACAAACAAUGCAUACUCAAGGAAAAUAGGCGAAUUAGAAGAAAGAACAAAAGAAGACAGGUGUCGAUUGUCGGAGAACACUGAAGGAAAUGCCAACGAUCAACAGAAUAUAUUAGACGAUAGGGAUAAACAGCUGAGGACUGAGGAAAAUGUAUCUUUGUAUGAUGAACUUUUUAAACAAUCCAGGAACAGUGCGAAGACUUCCAAGAAACUGCUCAUUGUGGGCGAUCAAUUGGCCAGAAACUGCGCUAGAGUCUUACAUAAUUCAAUGAAGAGCAUAGGCUAUAUAGUUGAAGGAAUUGUUAAGCCCAACACAGAGGCUGCAAAUAUCACAAGUAAUAUUUUCACUCAAACUAUGGAUCAUGGACAAAGUGACUAUGUACGUACAAACUUACUGGUUUGCAUUUUAUUUGAUGAAAAAAAAGAGGGCACCGGUGUCCGCCAUGGCCCUCCGAAAAUGUUAAGAACGAGCACACGAUACUUCCCAGAAUGGCCGACGAUAGAGCCGAUCUAUCUAUACUCGACGAUACAGGUUGUUAUUGAUUAG